CGACACUACACUGAUUACGAGCACGGAACUUUUAAAACGCUGCAUGUGUUACCAAGGGACGCAUAAUAGGGACGGACAGGCUUGUCGUCAACAAACAACCAAAGUGUCAUACAUGCUUCGCUCUGGGCGGUAACGAGCACCUGUCAAGCAUGAAUGUGAACCAGGGGACGGUGGGCAGCGACCCGGUCAUUCUGGCCACGGCUGGAUACGACCAUACCGUCCGCUUCUGGCAGGCCCACAGCGGGAUUUGCACCAGGACCGUCCAGCACCAGGACUCUCAAGUAAAUUCACUUGAGGUCACACCUGACAGGAGUAUGAUUGCGGCUGCAGGUUACCAGCACAUCCGCAUGUAUGACCUAAACUCCAACAACCCCAACCCGGUGAUCAACUAUGAUGGAGUUAGCAAGAACAUCACAUCUGUGGGCUUUCACGAAGAUGGACGCUGGAUGUACACAGGAGGAGAGGACUGCAUGGCUCGCAUCUGGGACCUAAGGUCAAGAAAUUUGCAGUGUCAGAGGAUUUUCCAGGUCAAUGCUCCAAUCAACUGUGUGUGCUUGCAUCCUAACCAGGCUGAGCUGAUUGUUGGAGAUCAGAGUGGAGUGAUUCAUAUUUGGGAUCUCAAGACUGACCACAAUGAACAGCUGAUCCCUGAGCCAGAGGUCUCAAUCAACUCAGUUCACAUUGACCCAGAUGCUAGUUACAUGGCAGCGGUCAACAGCUCGGGGAACUGUUAUGUGUGGAACCUUGCUGGAGGCAUCGGAGAUGAAGUGACUCAGCUCAUUCCCAAAACCAAGAUCCCUGCACACAAACGCUACUCCCUUCGCUGCAAGUUCAGCCCUGAUUCAACACUAUUGGCCACAUGCUCUGCAGAUCAGACCUGUAAGAUCUGGAGAACUUCCAAUUUCUCACUUAUGACUGAACUGAGCAUCAAGAGUAACAAUCCUGGAGAGACGUCGAGAGGCUGGAUGUGGGACUGUGCCUUCUCUGGAGACUCACAAUAUAUAGUAACUGCGUCCUCUGACAACCUGGCUCGCCUGUGGUGUGUGGAAACCGGCGAGAUCAAGAGGGAAUACAGCGGCCACCAGAAGGCCGUGGUGUGUCUGGCCUUCAAUGACAGUGUGCUGGGCUGAGGAAGACGAGGAGGAGGAAGGAGUUGAAGUGACAAGAGGAGGCAUAAGAACUCUUUGUAAAUUGUGACUUGGUUCCCAGAAGGUGUCUGUCUGUCAGCGUGAAUGGGAAUUUUUUUUAAAGUUGUCCCUGAAAUUAUGAUCUUUAGAAAGCGGAGGCUUGAGUUUGAACAUAAUGAUGAUUCUUCCUGACAGAUGCCUGUAAGUAUUCAAUUACAGAAACUGGUUUAAGUCUGAUGAAAAUACAUGGCAGUGCUUAUCAACUACCCUACAGGUUUUUAACUGCAUCACUCUGUGCACAAACAAGACCAAUUUUAAGUCUUUGUUUUUAUAGUUCAGCAUAUUUAUUGUAUCAAAAGGACCAUGUUACUCACAUUAACUUGCCUGCUUGGAUGUGCCAUGGAACUGAUUAUCUCAUGUGUGAUAUGUAUAAUUCAUUUGAUACUCUUUAUUCAGAGUUGUUAAAUGUACUAUUCGUAAUGAUCCCAUGUGGAUUAUAGCAAGCGUUGAGAGUAAAUGAUGAUUGAAAGUACAGAAAAUGACUCCACAGUAAA